AUGGCUGAAGAACACAAGAAGGACCUUGGCCAAUCCCAAGUCAGCAACUUCGACGACAAGAUGUUAGGAGAGAUUGAAGAAGUGAAUGUUGUUGAGGAUCAGAAUUAUCUGGCACAGCAGAAGAGCCUGGUUCGGAAGCUUGACUGCACUCUUAUGCCAACUGUUUUCCUUCUUUACUUAUUCAACUAUUUAGACAGGAAUAAUAUCUCGCAGGCAAAGCUGGAUACAUUUGAGAAAGAUCUAGGAAUUGAUGGGAACCAGUUCAACCUCCUUCUGUCUAUUCUGAACGUCAGCUACAUUCUGAUGCAAAUCCCGAGCAACAUGAUUCUUACCCGAGUUCGUCCUGCGAUCUAUAUACCAUUCUGGGUUUGUACGUGGUCCUGUGUGUCUGCUGCAACAGCCGCAUGCCACAACUUCUCUGGAAUCUUUGCCAUUCGUUUCUUUCUUGGAAUAGCAGAGGCUCCCUUCUUCCCAGGCGUAUUCUUUCUCCUAUCCUGCUGGUACACAAAGAAGGAAUUAGCACUUAGAUAUGCAUUCCUAUAUUCCGGCCUCAUCCUUGCGACUGCAGUCUCAGGAUUACUAGCCGCUGGAAUUUUCGCUGGCUUGGGUGGUGUGGCAGGUUUAGCUGGGUGGCGCUGGCUCUUCAUCAUCGAAGGUGCAGCCAGCCUCCUUCUAGGGAUCGGCGCAUUUUUCCUGCUUCCCAACUUCCCCUCGACUACUAAAGCUGGCUGGUUGUUUACUGCUGAAGAGAUCGAGGUCGCCCAAACGAGAAUGGCGAGAGAGGCUAUCUCCAACCAGGAUGACAACCACUCAGUUCUCCAUGGACUAAAACUUGCGGUUACUGACAUCAAAGUCUGGAUUUUUGCCCUCAUGCUGUGUUCAAUUCAGAGCGCCUACGGAUUCAAUUACUUCUACCCCUCCAUUGUUCAAGGAUUUAACCUCGGUAGUCGAACCAUUACGCUCGUUUGUACUGCUCCGCCAUACUUUCUCAGUGCCCUCACAGCUUGGCUCAACUCUUGGCACAGUGAUCGUGUAGCUGAGAGAGGUUUCCACCUUGCGGGUCCUAUGCUCGUGGCCAUCGUUGGUUUCAUCAUCAGUGUAGCCACCGUUAAUGUGCCCGCUCGCUACGUUGCAUCCUUCUUCUAUGUCUGCGGGUGUUUCGGUGCGAACGCUUGCCUAUAUAGCUGGGCGGCCCCAUCUGUCAACCAAACACCAGAGAAGCGAGCUUGCGCAACGGCUAUGAUCAACGUCAUUGGUCAAAUGGGAAGCAUCUGGAGCCCUUAUUUCUUUGACCCUAAUGACAGUCCUAGAUACACUCGAGCUAUGAUCCUUCUCAUGGCGUUUGCGAUUUUCCAGGUUUUCCUUUCCUGCCUCAUGAAAUUUAUUCUUCGCAGGGAGAACAAGUCAAUCUUGGCCAAAUUUGAAGGAACGGGCAGAGUCCCGAAUCUGUAUACGCUGUAA